CUACGUAAUAAGUACAUUAUUUUUUCUAAAAGUGUUGAUGAUCUUACAUCAGGUAUAGAUUUACCUACUUUAUUACAUUGCCCAGAAUCAAUAUCAUCAAGUGAAGGUUGUGGAGAAGAAGAAAAAAAUAUAACUCAAGAUGAAUAAAUUAAUAUGGCAAAAAUUGGUGUUAGUACUAUUCUUUAUACAUUGUCCAAGUAUGACUUGUCAGCAGCGUUUCCCAAUUUGUAUAUAGCAUACAAAUUCUUAGGGACUAUACCAGUUACAUCUGCAUCUGCGGAAAGAUCAUUUUCCAAAGUUAAACUUAUUAAGACACGCUUAUGUUCUACAAUGGGCCAAGGACGUUUGGGAAGCUUAAUGUUUUUGAGCUGUGAGAGGGACAUCAAAAUUGACCAUGAAGUCAUGAAGAGACAAUAACAUUCUUGGGAAGAACAUCUGAUGUGUUAAA